AUGCCAGUAGCAGCUGAUAACUUGAUCAGGCUUCAACGACAGCCUGAUCUGACUAGAAACAUUUGCAUUUUAGCUCAUGUUGACCAUGGUAAAACCUCUUUAUCCGAUUGCUUAUUGGCAACCAAUGGUAUUAUUUCUCAAAACCUCCAGGGAAAAAUCCGCUAUUUAGAUUCUCGUCCUGAUGAACAGACAAGAGGAAUUACAAUGGAAUCGUCGGCAAUUUCUCUGUACUUUCGAGUUGCUAAACGGCCUACUAUAACGGACUCUGACGACUCUGCCACCCCGGCUGCACCAGUCAUUAAAGAAUAUCUCAUUAAUUUAAUUGAUUCUCCUGGUCAUAUUGACUUCUCAUCUGAAGUAUCGGCGGCAUCUCGUCUAUGUGAUGGUGCUGUAGUGCUGGUCGAUGUUGUUGAAGGUGUUUGUUCUCAAACGGUUACUGUUUUAAGGCAGAGCUGGGUUGAAAAAUUAAAGCCAAUUCUUGUUUUAAAUAAAAUGGAUCGUCUUAUUACGGAUCUUCAAUUAACUCCAAUGGAGGCAUAUCAGCAUAUCACUAAACUAAUUGAACAGGUCAAUGCCGUAGUGGGUUCGUUUUUUGCGGGCCAGAGAAUGGAGGAUGACUUGAAAUGGAGAGAAUCAAAUGAAAAUAGAGGUGCUGAUGCUCAACAGGAGUUUGUCGAAGCUGUAGAUGAAGAGUUAUAUUUCGCUCCCGAGAAAAAUAAUGUGGUAUUUGGCAGCGCAGUCGACGGUUGGGGCUUCAAUAUCUCUCAGUUCGCAGCUAUAUACGAGCGCAAGUUAGGCAUAAAAAGAGAAAAGCUAGAAAAAGUUCUUUGGGGAGACUUUUACUUUGACCCCAAGACCAAAAAGGUACUUCCAGGAUCAUCUAGCAGUUUAAAGGGCCGCAAUUAUCGCCCAUUAUUUGUUCAAUUAGUUUUAGAAAAUAUUUGGGCCAUCUAUGAUUCGACGAUUCUGAACAAAAACACGGACAAAAUCAAUAAAAUUGUCAAUGCUCUGGAUCUUAAAGUGAUGCCAAGAGAUAUUACAUCUAAAGACUCCAAGUCACUACUGGGCACCAUUUUCAAUCAAUGGAUCCCCAUUUCAAGAUCUAUUUUGCUCAGUGUCAUUGAUAUCAUACCUUCUCCAGUCAAAGCCCAAAAGGAGCGAAUGCCUGAUAUCUUGUCAAAUACUCCUGGAAAUAAAAGCAUAUCUCCCAAAGUGGCUGAUUCUAUGAUAAACUGUGAUCCUAAUGAACACUUGACAGCGUUUAUAUCAAAGGUAAUUGCUGUUCGUGAAAAGGACUUGCCAGUGAAGAGGAUUUCUGGUCAGCUAAGUGCGGAAGAACGAAUUGCUGAGCUAAGGAACAAGAGCCGCCAUGCCAGAGAAAUUGCCUUGUCACAAGAUGCUGGGCUUGAGGAGUCAGUACAAAUGCUCUCUGUAGAUAAUGAUGGCGAAAAUACCGAAGACGAAUCACGUGAAGUGGUAAUUGGCUUUUCGCGAGUUUUCAGUGGAACUUUGAAAGCUGGUCAAGAAGUUUAUCUCCUUGGCCCAAGAUACAACCCAUCUGUACCUGAAAAAUACAUCACGAAGCUGACUAUUUCAAAUCUGUACAUUCUCAUGGGAAGAGAUUUGAUUCUCAUUGAUGAAGCUCCCGCUGGAACGAUAGUCGGUAUCGGAGGGUUGGAUGGCCAUAUUCUCAAGAGUGGCACUUUAGCAGAUGUAGCCACUGGUAGCCCUAAUCUUGCGAGCUCAAAUGGUAUCGCUGCCCCCAUUCUCAAAGUUGCAAUUGAGCCUAUUAACCCCUCCAAAUUGCCAGAACUUGAAGCUGGCUUGCGGUUAUUAAAUGCCUCUGAUCCAUGUGUCCAGGUUAGUAUUCAAGAAAAUGGCGAACAUAUUCUAGCCACUGCCGGUGAGUUGCAUUUGGAACGAUGCAUCAAGGAUCUUCAAGAGAGAUUUGCCAGGAUUGAUGUUCAUUAUUCUAAACCAGUCGUACCCUUUAGAGAGACCAUAGUCGAGACCAAAGAUUGGAAGUCUCAGAAUGGUAAUCCUAGAGGCUAUGCGGAAAUUAAAAUUGGCUCAGUAACUUUGAAACUAAGAGUAUUCCCUUUGUCGGCCGAAGUCAGUGAAUUUUUAAACAGCAAUGCCAAUAAGUUAAGGUCUAUAGCCGACAAACAGAAGAAGCCUAUUUUAAACCCUGGUGAUAAUGACAGUGUCAAUUCCGAUGAAAAGGUAUUUGAUGUUGAACUUGAUGAAGAGGAUACGUCUCUCGCCGACACUGAAUUCAAGGACUCUGAUUUGAAGACUGUUCAAUAUCAAUUAGAAGAAAAGAUAAAAAACGAUAAAGCUCUUAGGCGUUUUAUUCAAGCACCGUGGAGUAGCAUUGUAAGCUUUGGUCCUAGAAAAAUUGGGUCAAACAUUCUUUUUGAUGAAUCGAAAACAUUUUCACGGCUUUUGUUUAGUGAAACCGAUUCUGUUAGGUCUGAGUAUGAAGAUAACAUUAUUACCGGUUUCCAGCUUGCGGUAUCACAGGGUCAUUUAUGCGGUGAGCCUGUCACCGGUGUAGGUUGUGCGAUCACUGAAGUUUCUAUUGACGAAACAGAGGGUGCCGAUGGUAGUUCGGUUGCUCUACAGAGACGGGUAAUAUCUGCAACGAAACAGGCCAUUUACGACGGUUUGACCGAUUGGUCUCCCAGGCUCAUGUUGGCUACUUAUCUUUGUGAUAUUCAGGCUACCACUGAGGUACUGGGAAAGGUCUAUGGAGUUAUAACGAAACGUAAAGGAAAAAUUAUUACUGAGGAGAUGAAAGAAGGUACUCCUUUUUUCACAGUACACGCCUCAAUCCCUGUGGUCGAAGCAUUUGGCUUUUCUGAAGAGAUUCGCAAGAGGACGUCUGGUGCAGCAAACCCGCAACUUGUAUUUAACGGAUUUGAAAUCUUUGACCAAGACCCCUUCUGGGUCCCCUCUACUGAAGAAGAACUUGAAGAACUUGGUGAAUUGGCAGACAAAGAAAACAUCGCACUUUCUUAUGUUACCAGUGUUCGCAAGCGGAAGCCCGAGACUGCUCUAAUUCCGGAGGCACCACUGGACUGCGCAAUUCCAGAGCCUGACUCACCAUUGUUGCCAGCUCCAGAACCAUUUCCAGAGCCAGAGCCAGAGCCCGAACCGUUACCAGCACCUGAGCCAUUACCUGAUCCUGAGCCAGAGCCAUUACCACUACCAGCACCGGAACCAGAUCCUGAACCGUUACCAGCACCUGAACCAGAGCCUGAACCGUUACCAGCACCUGAGCCAGAGCCAGAGCCGGAACCAGAACCGUUACCAGCGCCUGAGCCAUUACCUGAUCCUGAGCCGGAACCGGAACCGUUACCAACACCAGAACCAUUACCUGAUCCUGAACCAGAACCAUUGCCAUUACCGGCACCUGAUCCAGAGCCAUUGCCAGAGCCGUUGCCAGCACCUGAACCAGAGCCCGAACCGCUACCAGCACCGGAACCAUUACCUGAGCCGGAACCAGAACCGUUACCAGCGCCUGAGCCAUUACCUGAUCCUGAGCCGGAACCAGACCCAGAUCCGUUACCAGAUCCCGAACCACCGUUACCAGCUCCUGAACCAUUACCUGAACCAGAGCCAUUUCCGUUACCGUUACCAUUACCAUUUCCGUUACCAUUUCCACCAUUAGGACAGUCUCUGCAGCUCAAGGUAGGCUCACCAGAAGCAGUGUUACUGGUUUGCGAACCACCAUUGUUAGAACCUGCAGAGGCAGAAGUGGCGAAUGUUGAACUAGCAGCUGCUCCAUUGCCAGAUGUAGUUGAAGACGAACUCUUGGCUCCAUUUCCACCAGCAGUCGAAGUAAGAAGCGUGCUUGAAGAAGAGGAAGCUGAUUCAGACGCACUAGAUCCACCAUUGGGACAGUCUCUACAGCCCAAAGUAGGGCCAGAAGCAGAGGCAGAGGCGGAAGCAGAACCAGUGGCAGAAGCGGAAGCACCAGCAGAAACAGAACCACCAGCAAAACCAGUGGCAGAGGCGGAGGCAGAAGCUGAAGCUGAAGCUGAAGCUGAAGCAGAAACAGAAGCAGAAGCAGAAGCAGAAGCAGAAGCAGAAGCAGAAGCAGAAGCAGAAGCAGAGGCGGAAGCACCAGCAGAAGCUGAAGCUGAGGCUGAGGCACCAGCAGAAGCGGAACUAGAGCCACCAUUUGGACAAUCUCUACAAGCUAAAGUAGGACCAGCAGAGGAUGAUUGA